UAACAUUCUCUUGUCUGGGUCGACUUUGCUGCCUCGUGAGUUCACAACUCACUGUUUGGAAGUAAGUUCUAGCUGCAGACCUGGUGGCUUAACUUCAACCAAUGCAUGUUUUGUCUUUUGGAAUACCUGUUUUGUCCAGCAUAAACAUGAUGGCACAGAAUUGUCUUCAGUCCAUGUGUCGUUUGACUCACUUAGCCUACAGAAGAAGUAUUUUUACAAUGCAACAUGUAAUGAUGUCAAAGCACACAAAUGCCAAGAGAAUUGAGGGGCUGGACAACAAUGUUUGGGUAGCUUUUACUUCAGUGGCAGCAGACCCAUCCAUUGUUAAUCUGGGGCAAGGCUAUCCAGACAUCCCUCCACCUCCUUACAUCAAAGAAGCACUUGCAAAGGCUGCGUCCAUGGACCAUAUAAACCAGUACACUAGAGGUUUUGGUCAUCCAUCUUUGGUGAAGGCCUUGUCUCAGGUGUAUGGUAAAGUCUGUGGACGUCGGAUUGACCCCUUCAAAGAAAUUCUUGUUACAGUUGGUGGCUAUGGUUCCUUAUUUAGCACUAUGCAAGGUCUUGUAGAGGAAGGAGAUGAGGUCAUCAUAAUUGAGCCUUUCUUUGACUGUUACGUACCAAUGGUACGAAUGGCGGGUGGCAAACCUGUGUUGAUACCGCUACGGCCUAAGCCUGGAAAGAAAACAGUCACGAGUGCAGACUGGUAUCUUGACAUGGAAGAACUUUCCAGUAAAUUUAACUGGAAGACAAAGGCCAUCAUCAUCAACACUCCCAACAAUCCUAUUGGAAAGAUUUUCACCAGAGAGGAGCUGCAGAUGAUUGCAGACCUUUGUAUUAAACAUGACGCGCUGUGCUUCAGCGAUGAGGUCUACGAGUGGCUUAUCUACAAAGGGCACCAACAUAUAAAAAUCGCCACUCUGCCUGGAAUGUGGGAUAGGACAAUAACUAUUGGUAGCGCAGGGAAAACAUUUAGUGUUACUGGAUGGAAGCUUGGUUGGUCGAUAGGACCUGAGCACUUGAUAAAGCAUCUUCAGACCGUCAUGCAGAAUACUCUGUACACCUGUCCAACCCCUUUACAGGAGGCAGUGGCACAAGGCUUACUCCUGAACUAUGAGAUGAUGGGUCAACCUGAGUGUUAUUUCUUCUCACUGGCAAAAGAACUUGAAGGAAAGAGAGACCGUUUAGCCUCCAUCCUGCAGGAUGCUGGUAUGACUCCUGUUAUCCCUGAAGGAGGCUACUUCAUGCUUGUAGAUGUCACAUCACUCAAUCAGGACCUGUCACAAAUGGUUGAUGAUGAAGCCUAUGACUACAAGUUUGUGAAGUGGAUGAUUAAAGAAAAGAAACUUGCAGCCAUUCCAGUCACAGCAUUCAUUGGAGAAGAUUCUAAAAAGCAUUUCGAAAAAUACAUUCGCCUUUGUUUCAUAAAGCAAGACAGUACUCUGGAAGCAGCAGGGAGCAUCUUGAAAAACUGGAGAAAAAUUUAA